AUGGAAGCAUCUCGCAGCACCCUAAUCAAAUCCCUGCUGGCGCGUGAAGGCCCAAAGACCAUUAACCAGCUGUUCACUUCGGUGCUAAAAACCUUUCCUAGUGAGUUCCAAGGUGUGUCCCGGCACAAAUUUAAGCGCAUUUACUUGAGGAACUUGAAGGAGUUUAAGCAGGUUGCAGUUAAACCCGAGCGGGAUCCAGAUGCUCUGGCAAAGCUGCGCCUGGACCCGGAAAGCCGCAUCACUGCCACAGAUAAGAUCGCCUGGAUGGUGCAGCUCGCCGAUCCGUUGAUGAAUAAGUAUUUGAGCGGCGAGGUGGAUCUGACGAAGAACCACAAUACUAUUUUGAAGACCAUUGAUAUGGAGCGGGCGAAGAGCAAGGACUUUUGGGAAGGCAAGUCUAACACGCCGCACGACUGGAGGGCUGUGUUGGAGGCGGCUGGCCAGAAAACUAGCAUUUAG